GGGAUUGACUAGUAUUAUUGUAUUCUUCACUAAUUCUAGUUAGUAAAGAGUGGCCAGAGGUGUGCGGCGUCAAGGCGAGCGCCCAGUAUAUAACCGCGCCGCGCGCCGUCCGUUGCAUCACUCGCCGCUCGCUCCUCCCACACAACAUGAACACCGCCAUCGUCAUCCUCGCCCUGGUGGCGUGUGCCUGCGCCGCCGACAGCAGCGAGAAGCGCGACAAGAGAGGCUUCAGCAGCGGCUGGAGCUCCGGCGGACUCGGCGGAUACGGCGGAUACAGCGGACUCGGCGGAUACGGCGGACUCGGCGGAUACGGCGGCGGCUACUCCGCGCCCGCCGCGCGCCUCGUCACCGUCAACAAGGUGGUGAACACGCAGCGCGUCGUGGACGUGCCGCAGGUGGUCAACGUGCGCAAGGUGGUCUCCGUGCCGCAGGUGGUGUCCGUCAACAAGCUGGUGGCGGCGCCCAGCGGCGGGUACUCCGCAGGCCUGGGCUACUCCGGGGGAUACUCCGGCGGCUACUCCGGCGGCUACUCCGGCUACUCAGGCUCCUCCGGCCACGGCUACUCCGGCGCUGGCUACUCCAACGCCGGCUGGUGGUGACGUCACACACUCUAGUCACUCCCGCCCUACUCCUACUCUUAGUUUAGUUUCCGACCUCCCAACUGUAAUAUAAUGUACAUACUGCUUUAUUUAUUGUUAAAUAAAAACUAUAUUUUCUGACAAA